GAGCAUGCUCAUAACUAUGAGUACUCAGCUUUGGGUCGGUUGUGGAUUUUUUGGAAAAAAGACUUGAAUUUUACUAUAUUAGAGAAGUCUGAGCAGUUUAUACAUGGAGUGGUUAGAGGUGACAAGACUGUGAAGAUUACCUUUGUGUAUGGCUCAAAUGAUGAAGGCUCUCGAAGGAAUAUAUUUCAUCAUCCUGUACUCAGGCCUGAGAACUUACCUUGGAUUGUGUUAGGAGAUUUCAAUGCAAUCCGAAAUGUUAAUGAAGCUUCGAAUAACCCAGUUAGCUCACAAAGUAUGAUUGACUUUGAUGAGUGGAUAACUAGUAUGGAAUUGGAGGAAAGUUCAUUUGAGGGGCCUUGGUUUUCUUGGACUAACAAACAGGAGGGGAAUCCCAUUGCCAGGAGAAUAGAUAGAGUCCUAGUAAAUUCUAGUUGGCUAACUAUGUUUCCCCACUAUGCAGUUACCCUUCUCCCCUCUAGGCUUUCGGAUCACUGUGGUUUACUUAUGAACACAGACAUCCAUAUCUCCUCUCUACCAAAGCCUUUUAAGUAUUUUAGCUGCUGGGAAACUCACCCUCAAUACAAACAGAUUGUCAAAGGUGCCUGGAAUACACAGUUCAGAGGUACUCCCAUGUUUGUAGUGUGUCAGAAGCUGAGAGAGGUUAAAAGGCAGCUGAAAAGGCUAAAUAGAUCAUCCUACUCAGAAAUAUCAGAAAGAGUUAGACUUGCAAGGUGUGAGGUGGAAGCCCUACAGAUAGAAGCUCUCCUUCAACCAUCUUCUGACUCUUUCCAAAGAGUCAAUGAGUGUCAGUUCCUGCUUUCUAAACUGCUAAAGGAAGAAGAAAUUUUCUACAGGCAAAAGUCUCGACUUCUCUGGGUCAAGACUGGGGAUCUAAAUACAUCAUUCUUCCAUAACUAUGUGAAGGCUCGUCAGGCUCGAUCAACCAUUAAAAAAGUCAUCUCAGAAGAAGGGGAAAUCCUAACUGAUACAAAGGAUAUAAGUGAAGAAGCGGUUAGGUUCUACAAGAACUUGAUGGGAACAAAAAAAUCGUGAUGUGCAGAAAGUAAAUAGUGAACUGCUAUCCCACAUGUUGGUUCAUUCUCUUAAUCCUGAACAAGCAGAACCUCUUUGCUAUCCAGUUACUAGAGAAGAAAUAAGGAUGGCUCUCUUUUCUAUGAAUGGAGAAAAAUCUCCUGGACCAGAUGGUUUCACAGUAGGGUUUUAUCAGCAUAACUGGGAGAUUUUGGGUGAUGAUCUUACUGCUGCAAUCAUGGAUUUCUUCAGGACAGGAAAGCUCCUAUCUGAGGUAAACUCCACCUAUCUGGCCCUAAUUCCUAAAGUUCAGAAUGUUGAUUGUAUGAAACAAUUUAGGCUCAUUUCCUGUUGCAACAUUAUAUACAAAUGUAUAGCUAAGGUGCUUGCAAAUAGACUGAAGGAAGUUCUACCUAUUGUUAUAAGCCAGAACCAGUCAGCUUUUAUAAAGGGCAGACUAAUUAGUGAUAAUGUUCUUCUGGCCCAUGAAAUGGUGAGACUGUAUAAUAGGAAAUCCAUUUCACCUAGAUGUGUCCUCAAAGUAGAUAUGAUGAAAGCCUUUGACAGUGUAGACUGGGUUUACCUAGAAACAGUUAUGGAAGCUAUGAGAUUUCCUCCUCAGUUUAUCAAUUGGAUAGGGGUUUGUCUGCAGAGUAUAAAGCUUAGUGUUUGUUUUAAUGGGGGACUAUGUGGCUAUUUUUCUGCUCAAAAAGGGUUGAGACAAGGGGACCCUCUUUCCCCCUAUCUCUUCACCAUAGCUAUGGAGGUUCUGUCCUGCAUGUUAAAUAGAGCAUAUGCUGUAAAAUCUCUCCCACCUCAUCCACAAACACACAGAAUUGGUCUCUCUCACCUAUGUUUUGCUGAUGACCUUCUGGUCUUCACAAAAGGGACUCCUGAGGCUGUGGGGAAAGCAAAGGAUAUCCUGAAUGCUUUCUAUACUAUCUUUGGGUUAAAAUGUAACCCUGCAAAAAGUGAAGUUUUCUGUGGUGGAGUUGAUCUAAAUGUUCAGGCUCUUAUUUCCUCUAGUUCUGGGUUUGCUAUUGGUCACCUUCCUGUGCGUUAUCUAGGGAUUCCUCUCAUUGCAGGGAAAUUGAGUAAUGCAAACUGUUUAGCUUUGGUUGAAAGGAUAACUGCUAGAAUCAGGGGCUGGAAGGUGAAAACCCUAUCUUAUGUUAGCAAACUGCAGCUCGUUUCUGCUGUGAUUUCUAGCAUAACUCAGUAUUGGAAUGGAAUCAUUCAGCUUCCAGUUAAAGUGAUUAGGAUGAUUGAGAAACACUGCUCUGAUUUCUUAUGGAGUGCAAAAGAAGAUGGAAAGAAAGCUAAGGUCCACUGGGAGGUGGUAGCUAGACCUAAGAAGGAGGGGGGGAUUAGGUUUCAAGGAUCUAAGGAGUUGGAAUAUGGCUUGUUUAGUAAGGCACCUCUGGGCCAUCUCCUCUAACUCCUCUUCUCUAUGGGCAACUUGGGUAAGACACUAUCAACUUACCUACACAUCUAUUUGGGAGAUACCUCUUUCUACUCCAUGCUCCUGGGCUUGGAGAAAAGUAUUGAAAAUAAGGCCAAAAGUUGCUCAACAUCUCAGGAUUCGAUCGGCAGGAGUGUAUUGGGAUGAUAGUGUGAUGGAGAAAUAUUCAGUCAAAAAAGUUUGGGAGUCACUUUGAGUUCAGCAUGAGAGAGUUCAGUGGUACUCGUUGGUCUGGAAAUCUUUUGGUACUCCUAGAGAUAAGCUCAUAGUCUGGUUAAUCAUUCUAAACAGAAUUUCCACUCUGUAUAAGGUGCAAAGAUGGAAUGCUUCAGUAGUAAAUGUCUGCCCUAUGUGCUCCACUAUGGCAGAGUCACGAGAUCAUCUCUAUUUUGAAUGUUCUUAUUCUCAGCAUGUUAUCCAGGCUGUAUUUGCAGGGAGAAAUGUGGUGGGAGCUAGCUGGGAUGAGUCGUUGACCAUUGUUGUGACUCUCUUUCGGACAAACUGUCCUGAUUUUGAUCGAGACAGGCUUUUGUGAGUGAUGGUGGUGGCUGAGAUUUGGAGGGAAAGGUGCAGGAGGGUUAUGGCUGGGGAGGGGCUGACAGGGCCUCAACUAAUUGAGAAGUUGAAAGGGUUACUAUUACUACUUAGAAAUGGGUUCUCUCAGAUAGAGCUUGCCAUCUCAGAGGACCAUAUUAAUAGUAUAGAGUAGUCAGAAUGUUUUUCUUUUUCUGGUUUUGUAACAAGUGGUAGUUCCCAGUCUCUGGAUGUUGUAAUUGAUUGGUACCAGUUAGGGGGUUUUUCCUCUGAAGCCCCCUUUCUUGAUGAAUAAAACAACUUAUUCAUAAAAUAAAAAAAACAGGUCGUGGCCGCCAAGAUUUGGGGAUUGUGGGACCAUGGCGAAGACGAAGUUGGUGGAGAAGAAUAGAGAUGAUUUUCCGCAGAUGAAUUUGAGAGAGCGAGGGAAGAAAGCGUGGCCAAUCUGAAGGGCGGAGGCGUUGGUGAGUCGGAGAAGUCCGUUGGGCCAUGGAAGAUGUUAUUGUCUGAUUGCUGGGUGGAGAUGGUGAAGGCAAGUGUGGAUAAUAGAACAAGGAAAGGGAUGAGAGAAACAGAACUUUGGGGAACAUAUCUGUAACCACAAACGAAGAUCUUUUAGGUGGAAGGGAUUUCUUGAUCCGAGAAAAAUUUGGGUAACAGAUGCAAUGAUUUUUUAUUAUUAUUUUAACUCAAUUUUUAUUUAAUUUGAAUUAAAAAAAUAUGAGGUCAGUGACGUGGCAUCUAUGUGACAGUCACAUUUUUUACCACGUCAACAAAAGUCAACUUCGCAUUGACCACCGUUUGGUCAACCAUUAUCUUUAACGGUCAACGAAAUUGACAGGAUACAAAUGACACAAAGUAUCAUAGUUGAGGACAUGAAUGGAAUAUUGAAUAAAAUAGGACACAAGUGGCAUUUUGUCGAUAGUUCAGGUGUUGUAGUGGUAUUAGCCCUUAAUUAAAAUUAAAACAAAAGUGUCCUCCCCGCAACCUAUAUUCCCAGUUCCCACCAUACACAAUCAAAGAAAAGUAAAUGUCACAUUUGAUCACUGAUAUUACUAAAUCAUGUCAUGUUUAGUCACUAAAAAUUUUUAAUAUCAAUUUUGGUAACUCGAAUUACUGAAACAUGUCACAAUUAGUCACUCGAAUGACUGAAACAAGUCAAAUUUAGUCACUCUCUUGUUAGUUUCCGUCCAACUUCAUUAUUUAGUCACUCGAAUGACUGAAACAGGUCACAUUUAGUCACUCUCCCAUUAGUUCCGUCCAACUCCAUUAAUGAAGUUGAACGGAAGCUAACGAGAGAGUGACUAAAUUUGACUUGUUUCAGUAAUUCGAGUGACCAAAAUUGAUAUUAAAUUUUUCUAGUGACU